CCGCGCCGGGCCCCGGAUGCAAGAGGCCGGCGGAGGGGACGUCAUUGUUCCCCGACGGGCUGGGGCGGUAGGCGGAGCGGGCCGGGCUGAGGCGGGGGCUGCGGCGAGGGGGACCCGGCAGCGCCGAGUCAAGCGGGGCCGAGCCAGAUAUGAACAAUGACCAUAGUUAACAAGCCAAAAUCUUCACAAUCGAAAAAAUCCUCAUCGAGGCGAUCUGACAAAUCUAAGAAACCCCGUACAAAAAAAAUGACGUCACGCACCGCAAAUUUGGGCCGGGUGCCACCUGCAGAAGAUGCAAACAAAGUCUCUGUGGACAAAGGACCCGGAGGUGCUCUUUAUUCUAGAUCAUCUCAAAAAUCUAAGCCUUUUGCCCAAAGAGAUCUAGUUGUUAAUGAUGGAAUUGCCCCGCCGCAAAGGAUUCUUUUUCCGCCAGAGAAAAUUUGUAUGGAUUGGCAACAAACACAAAGUGUUGGAGUUGGAUUGCAGAAUCUCGGCAACACAUGUUUCCUUAAUUCUACUCUACAGUGCUUGACCUACACACCUCCUCUUGCCAAUUAUAUGCUUUCUCUUGAACACACCCAGUCAUGUCAUGAGGAAGGCUUCUGUAUGAUGUGCACGAUGGAAACUCACAUUAACCAGGUCCUGUGCUGUUCUAAUAAUGCCAUCAAACCUACAUCUGUUAUCAAUGGCCUUAAAAGAAUAGGAAAACAUUUCCAUUUUGGCAGUCAAGAGGAUGCACAUGAAUUCUUAUGCUUCACUGUUGAUGCUUUGCAGAAGGCUUGCUUGAAUGGAAGCACCAAAUUGGACAGAUCUUCUCAAGCCACCACACUUAUUUAUCAAAUAUUUGGAGGAUAUCUAAGAUCCCGAGUAAAGUGCUUGAACUGCAAAGCAGUUUCGGAUACGUACGAGCCAUUCCUCGAUAUUACUUUAGAUAUAAAGGCAGUUACGUCUGUCACCAGAGCUCUAGAACAAUUUGUGAAACCAGAACAACUGGACGGUGAAAACAGCUAUAAGUGUAGCAAGUGUAAAAAGAUGGUUCCAGCGUCAAAGAGGUACACGAUACAUCGUUCUUCUAACGUUCUCACAAUAUCACUGAAAAGAUUUGCAAAUUUUACAGGUGGAAAGAUCAACAAGGAUGUAAAAUACCCUGAAUAUUUGGAUCUUCGAGCAUAUAUGUCUCAAUCAAUUGGAGAACCACUCAUCUAUGCUUUAUAUGCAGUUCUUGUACAUAGUGGUUUCAACUGUAACGCAGGACACUAUCUCUGCUUCAUAAAGGCCGGUAAUGGACUUUGGUAUCGAAUGAAUGAUGCUUCAGUAGACCUUUCUGAUAUCAAAACAGUGCUCAAUCAGCAAGCUUAUGUACUUUUUUAUAUCAGGCGCUAUGAUUUGACACUUGGAGAACGUGCUUUUUACUUGCCAGCACCGUCUUAUCCCCGUUCCUUCCUUGGUCAGCGGGGGGCAAAUAGUAAGCAGGCUGGAUUUAUGGGACCACGACUUCCUCCUCAUAUGAUUAAGAAUUCAAGUCGUUUAAAUGGAAACGGACCCCUAAAAGAGGAUCCAAAUACAAUUGGUGUCACUGUAAAAAGGCCAUCUUCAGCUCCACCAACAGCUUGUGUUCAAAACUGGGCAAUUGCCAGGUCUUCAAUUACAGAUCCGUCAAAGAACCAGAAGAUCACUAUUAGUAUUCAUAACAAAUUGCCUGCACGUCAGACUGUGACACAACCUGACUGUCUUAGCAGUGCUGCGGAGGAUGAGGAUCUAAGCCAGCCUGUCCCUUCAUCCACAAUUACAAAUUCUUCUGCAGCAGAGUCUACCUCAAACGCAUCUACAAUGUCAGUUGCUCCUGAUGUUUCCAAACAGGAAGUUCCCGAUGAAAUUUUUGUUGAGCCAGCAAUGAAUGGAAAUCCCAAACUGGGCUCUGAUAACGCAGUCCCUUAUGGUGCAGAAUUUUCAGGAAAAUCGGAGGAGUCAAAGGGCUUGUUUAGAAGGAAUUGCAACGUAGUAUCUUCUAAUGGAAUUUUGAUUGGAAAGGUGGUCCGUACAUUGCAGAAUUGCCACUCUUCCUGCCAGAAUGCUAAAGAAGAAAGAUCCCAGCAUGAGCCGCCAAAAAGCGAUUCACUAAACGGUGCUAUUAGUUUAGAUAAUGAAUUUAAAGACAAUGGACGGAAACUUGAUGAUUCAAUUUGCCAAGUCCAACCUGUUAAACCUGCUGAGAUUUUCUUUUCUAAAACAAAUGGAUUGCUUGAAACAAUGCCUGUAGCUUUGUCACCAGUUCCUCAAGAAAUAAUCCUGGAAUCUCUCACAUACAGCCAGCUGAACAGCCUGUCAGAGGAAAUUAGCAUCUCUGGACCUCAGAAAUCUUCUGAGAAUGAUGCUCGUGUGGAAACGGUAGUAAUGGAAGCGCUGUUUGCCUGUGAAGAAUCCAGGAAGGUUCCUUCCAACUUGAGCUGUGAGGUUGAGAAUCGUUUGACUAAAUCGGAUUCUGAAAACAUUUCUGCCAAAGAAGAAGUUGCUGAAAGUAUUAUAACAAAAGCUGAAAAUGCACACCCCAAUAUUAACGGUCAGCACAAGGUUAGGAAAAAAUCCUUGGACACUGAAGAUGAAUUCCUUGGGCAGUGUGAGUCUGAAGAUAGUAGAGACAAAGACAAACCAAGGAGAUCAAAAGAACCUGAACUCAUUUCAAAAGAAAAUCCGUUGUAUAUCAAAGGGUCUCCUGAGAGUGAAGAGCAGUUGGGGCAAAUUUCCUCUAUGAAGUCUGACAUUGAAUGUAGUUCUAAAAAACUUGCAUCUCUGGAUAUUACAGAUAAACGCCAAGACACAAAGGACAUUUCUAAGAACUAUGUAGAGGUACCGCCUGUCAAUGACUCUUCUAUUACAAAGCUGGAUAAAGUUUUGGAGAGUCAGUUUUCUAGAGAACCUGAGGGACUGAGUAAUAAAAAAUGUGAAGAAGAUAAACAUAGGAAAAAAUACAAGAAAAAAAUAUAUGACUCUAAAAAAACUGACAAAGAGCACUAUCGAAGGAAGAGAGAGAACUCAGACACAGAAGAAAGGGAGAAGGAGAAGCAAACCAGAAGCAAACCAGAUGAUCAUUCCCACAAAAGGAGGUGCUCUCGCAGCGUGGAAACAAAUAAGCAAAGUCGUCAUAAGCAGGAAUACUGCAGUGAAAGCAAGUACAGAUCUUCUCAUACUGAAAGAAGCAGUCCAUAUAAUAGCAAAAGCUCAGGAAAAUAUUAUUGUUAUAGAUCCCGAAGCAGAGAAAGGUCAGAACAAGACAGGAAUAGGUAUUAUCAUUACAAAGGGGAGAGAACUUGGAGCAGAGAAAGGUACUAUCGAGAUGAACCACGGAGAUGGGAAAAAUGCAGAUACUAUAAUGAUUAUUAUUCCUCUCGUGGCACAAGAGAUGGUAGAGAGAGAAGGUCCUCUCAUUGUGAUAAAGACUUUGACAAAUCGAGUCAAGCUUACAACAGCAGGUCACAUCAGGAUUAUCAUUGCAAAAGCAGGUGGCCACACAGCGUACUCUCUAGAGAGGAAGAUGUACAUCACUUUAGCAGCCACAGAGCAAACUUAAAUCAUUCAAAUUUUGAGGACUUUUGCCGGGAAAAUGAAAAAGAAAAGUUAAGAAAUGACAAAAGGAAAUACAGCCACGGAGAAGGAAGCGGCAGCGAAACAGAGAAGCAAUGCCGAAAGACAGGUGACCAAAGAAUGAAAAAAUCUAAGAAAGUCAAGAAGAAAAAGAAGUCCAAAGAUAAACAUCGAGAAAAGGAUUACAAACUUUAUGAUUUGGAUUGCUCUGUGCUCCGCUUUAACAAUGACAAUCGCAAACGUAAGAAAAAGAAGAAAAAGAAGAAACACAUGAGGAAACUGAAAGACUACUUGGAAUAUUUACAUCCUCAUUUCCAGAAGACCACACGAGAGAAGGAAGAAUCCUGUCCUCCAGAUGGCUAUGUAUGUGAGCAAUACAGAAACCAGGGCAGUAAACAACCCUACAAGGAAGGGAAGCCUUCCGGUGUGGGUGAAAGCAAGAAAUACAGCUCCAUCGCGUCCAAUGAGUACGUUAAAGAUGCAGAGCAUCCUGAUGGAAGCCUUCAAUGCUCAAACUAAGCCCAACAUCAAAACCAACAACUUCUGGCCAUCAAAACCAACAACUUUUGACCAUCACACCUGACAUUACCAGUAUUUGACCAUCAAACCCGACAUUACUGAUACUGACCAUCAAAACUUAACAUUUAUUAUCAAAACAGUUACCAUCAAGACAAAAUCCAGUCAUAAGUGGUGCUUAACAUUUCUGUACAGAAUUUUACCAUGAAAGAACUUUUUUUUAGUUUUUAACUUGAGACUUUCUUUUUUAAAAUAUACUUCUAAUCCAAAAGGGUGGAACCUUUUUACAACUGCUGAACAUUGUAAAUUACCACAUAAAUAUCUCACUGAUGUGGGAUAAUGCCCUGGAACAGACCAUCUCAAUGCUGCUUAAUUACAGACUCAGGUUGACUUUAUGUUAUUCAUGUAAUGUUACUCCAAGGUAGACAUCUGGUGCAACAGCGACCAGGAAUUAUAGAAAUUGCAACUGACAGUCUGUAUAUUUAAUUUAAAGACUUAUUUAAAAUUUCACAAGCUCUCAAAUAACUCGAGUUUUGCAAGAGCUGCAUCUUUUUUCUGUGAUGUCUGACACUAGAAACUAAUUCACUUCACGUUUGAGUUAUAUUCGAGAUCUGAAGAAAAUCUUCUGGUUUUCAACAGUGUGAAACAAGGAAUAUGCAGUUCUGAAUGUAUCUCUCAGUACUAUUUGUAUACUCUUCCAUAUGUUUUUAUUACAUUUUCUUAAUAUACUGUCACUUGUCUUAAGUCUCAGUUGUCUGUUUUGUCUCUCUAAAGUGUCUAGUUACAGACAAAUUCAUACUGUGAUUUUUAUUUUUAUUAUUAAAUGCUAUCAAACUGUGAUGCACUUAUUAUUCACUGGUCCUGCAUCAGGAGAUGAGUGGGGAACCUGUAUUAAAUACAGUUCAUCUGAAUAAUCUGUCUGGUUUAUACAAGCUGUGUUGUUCAGAGAUGUCUAAAGUUUGAUCUUUGUUUUUUUAAAGAUAAAAAGCACUUGCCCCACUGUAAAUAUCUAGCAUGUAAAAUUUAUAUAGUAUAUAAAUACAGCAAAGUUAAAAUGCAUUUUUACUUGAGUUUUACUUGAGUUAUUUAACAUGCAAUAUGUCAUGUGAAUGGACAGCUUUCAGAGUGACUGAUACGUAAGAAAUCGGAUCUUCCUUUCAGUGGUAGGUGAGAAGAUGCUGUCGGUGUGACCCAGAGAAGAUAAGUAACAUGGGACUUCAGCUGCCUAGACAAGAAUACAGAAGGCUUUCUCCUUUGAAGUUAAAAGCUUCCGCAACCAAGCAACAGGUUGGAAGCUCAGCAGUAGCAUUUUACUGUGUGAUGCUUAAAAAAAAAAAAAAAAGGAGCAAGGUUAAUGUUUUACUAAAUACUUAAAGUAACACUUUGGUACAUGGAGAACACCAUAAAGCCAAACCAUAAGUGUACCCUGCCUAAUGUUCCUAUGGCAACAGUGAUGUGAAGUUACAUAAAGUAACAUG